UUGUGCCCGGAGAAGAUCAGAGGUUGUCACACGAAAGCCAUUUUAAGCGUUUUCUGCUUCGUUGUACGUUGCUGCGUUUUAUUUGAGGGCCUCGGUUUUAGUGACGGAGACUGAAAAAUAUCAAGCCGCUUUUAUAUCUGUGACAAACAAUAGUUUGAAAAGAUCAGACAGACUGAAAACAACCAUGGGGGAUGACAGUGAAUGGAUGAAGUUACCCAUCGACCAGAAAUGUGAACACAAGGUUUGGAAAGCCAGAUUAAGUGGAUACGAGGAAGCAUUGAAGCUUUUUCAAAAGCUAGACGAGAAGAGCCCAGAAUGGAGCAAAUACCUUGGACUUAUCAAGAAAUUUGUAACAGAAUCAAAUGCCGUAGCCCAACUCAAAGGAUUGGAGGCAGCACUUGCAUUUAUUGAGAAUGCACACGUGGCUGGCAAGACAGUUGGUGAAGUAGUUUCUGGAGUAGUCAACAAAGUGUUCAACCAGCCCAAAGCUCGAGCCAAGGAGCUGGGGACUGAAAUCUGCCUCAUGUACAUAGAGAUCGAGAAAGCAGAAGUGGUGCAGGAUGAGCUGAUUAAAGGACUGGAUAACAAGAACCCCAAGAUUGUCGUCGCUUGCAUUGAAGCACUAAGGAAAGCACUUUGUGAAUUUGGAUCAAAGAUCAUAACACUUAAGCCUGUCGUGAAAGUGUUGCCAAAACUAUUUGAGUCUCGAGAAAAGGCAGUUCGAGACGAAGCCAAAUUACUGGCAGUGGAGAUUUAUAGGUGGAUCCGCGAUGCUUUGCGAGCGCCUCUCCAGAAUAUCAACUCUGUACAGUUGAAAGAGUUGGAGGAAGAAUGGGUGAAAGUGCCAGCUACAGCUCCUAAACAGAUUAGAUUCUUGCGCUCUCAGCAGGACCUGAAGGCCAAGUUUGAGCAGCAACAGGCUGCAGGAGGAGAUGAAGCAGACGGAGACGAUGAAGAAGUGGCUGAAGCUGUUCAGGUUGAUGCUUACGAGCUCCUGGAAGCUGUUGAGAUCCUUUCAAAGCUUCCCAAGGAUUUCUAUGAAAAAAUUGAAGCAAAGAAAUGGCAGGAGAGGAAGGAAGCGCUGGAAGCAGUGGAGGCUUUAACUAAAAACCCAAAAUUAGAGAGUGGAGACUAUGGGGACCUGGUCCGAGCACUAAAAAAGGUUAUUGGGAAAGAUGCCAAUGUGAUGCUAGUGUCCAUGGCAGCCAAAUGCUUGGCUGGAUUGGCAACAGGACUGAGGAAGAAGUUUGGGACAUAUGCAGGUCUUGUGGUGCCAACCAUCUUGGAGAAGUUUAAGGAGAAGAAACCUCAAGUUGUUCAGGCCUUACAGGAGGCCAUCGAUGCAGUCUUCCUUACUACAACCUUGCAAAACAUCAGUGAGGAUGUUCUGGCAGUGAUGGACAACAAGAAUCCUUCCAUCAAGCAACAGGCCUCACUGUUUCUCGCCAGAAGUUUUCGUCACUGUACCCCAAGCACAUUGCCAAAAAGCGUUCUGAAGCCCUUCUGUGCUGCAUUCCUCAAGCAAGUAAAUGAUUCUGCUCCUGAAGUCAGAGAUGCUGCUUUUGAGGCUUUGGGAACGGCCAUGAAGGUGAUAGGGGAGAAAGCAGUCAACCCAUUCUUGACUGAUGUUGACAAACUCAAGUUGGACAAGAUAAAAGAGUGUGCUGAUAAAGUGGAGCUCAUUGGAAAGAAAGGAGGCGGCGGAGGAGAGAAGAAAGAGAGACCUGCUGCAAAAGCAUCUCCACCUGUUGAAGCACCUGCAAAAACCUCAGGGCCUCCUAAAAAAUCAGCUCCAGCUAAGGCUGCAGGACCUCCCAAAAAGGGCAAACCUGCUGCGGCCCCGAGUGCAAAGUCCAAGAAAGCUCCAGAAACUAAGGAAAUAAUCGAGACCGAGUUAUCUCCUGAAGUGUGUGAGGAGAAAGCAGCCGCUGUUCUCCCAGCCUCCUGUAUGCAGCUGCUGGACAGCGCCAACUGGAAGGAGAGACUUGCCAGCAUGGAGGAGUUUCAAAAGGCCGUGGAACAGAUGGACAAAUCUGAAAUGCCCUGCCAGGCUUUAGUCAAGAUGCUGGCGAAGAAACCUGGGUGGAAAGAGACCAACUUCCAGGUGAUGCAAAUGAAGCUCAGCAUCGUGGGGCUAGUUGCACAAAAGGGCCAGUUCUCAAAAACGUCUGCACUGGUGGUUCUGGACGGCCUGGUUGAUAAGAUUGGAGAUGUGAAGUGUGGAGGUAACGCUAAAGAGGCUCUCACUGCAAUCGGAGAGGCCUGUUCUCUGCCAUGGACUGCUGAGCAGGUUGUCUCGAUAGCCUUCGCUCAGAAGAAUCCUAAAAACCAAGCAGAGACGUUGAACUGGUUGGCCAAUGCCAUGAAGGAGUUUGGAUUUGCAGGAAUAAAUGUCAAGGGAUUCAUCAACAACGUCAAAACUGCUCUGGGUGCCACAAAUCCUGCUGUGAGGACGUCUGCAAUCGCUCUUUUGGGAGUGAUGUAUCUGUAUAUGGGAGCUCCUCUGCGCAUGUUCUUUGAAGAUGAAAAACCAGCCCUCCUUUCACAAAUAGAUGCUGAGUUUGUGAAGAUGCAGGGUCAGUCUCCUCCGGCCCCCACUCGUGGAGCCAAAAAAGCAGGAGCAGAGGAGGAUGGCGAUGUGGCUGAUGAAGACGAGGCAGACGGUGGAGCUGGAGACAUCAUGGACAUGCUGCCCAGAACUGACAUCAGUGAUAAAAUCACAUCAGAAAUGGUGUCAAAGAUCAGCGACAAGAACUGGAAGAUCAGGAAGGAGGGUCUGGAUGAAGUGGCCGCUGUCAUCUCUGAGGCCAAAUUCAUUCAGGCAAACAUUGGCGAGCUGCCCAUGGCACUGAAGGGCCGUCUCAAUGACUCCAACAAACUACUGGUCCAGCAGACCCUCAAUAUCCUGCAGCAGAUUGCCAUUGCCAUGGGCCCGUCUUUAAAGCAGCACGUCAAAAACCUGGGAAUUCCUGUCGUUACUGUUCUUGGUGAUAGUAAGCCUAAUGUUCGUGCUACUGCCAUGGCGACGCUUAAUGCAUGGGUGGAGCAAACCGGAAUGAAGGAGUGGCUUGAGGGAGAGGACCUAUCAGAGGAGCUCAAGAAGGAAAACCCUUUCCUUAGACAGGAGCUGCUGGGCUGGCUGUCCGAGAAGCUGCCCACCCUGCGUACGGUGCCUGCUGACCUCAUGCUGUGUGUGCCUCAUCUGUACACCUGCCUGGAGGACCGAAGUGGAGAUGUGCGCAAGAAAGCCCAGGAUGCUCUUCCCACCUUCAUGAUGCACCUGGGCUUUGAUAAGAUGACCAAGGCUACUGGAAAACUGAAGCCGGCCUCUAAGGACCAGGUGGUUGGCAUGCUGGACAAGGCCAGGGCUGUGAUGCCAGCCAAGCCUGCAGCUCCUGCCAAAGCUGCAGCAUCUAAACCAGCCUCCAGUGCCCCAGCUGCCAAAACAGCAUCAGCUCCAGCCAGGAAUCAUAGUCCCGUUGAUGACUACAGUGAACCUGAACCCAAACCCGACACUAAGAAAGCUAAACCAGCAGGUCCUGCGGCUAAAAAGAGCGAAAGCAUGGAGCUCAAGGUGAAAGGAGAAAAAGAUAAUGCUAAGCAAAACAGGCUCUCAAGAGGGCCUCCUAGCAGUGAAAAGGUUGUUGCAGGAAAGAAACCUCCUGUUAAGGCUGGCGCAAAAGAUGAGGAGGAUAAGUCUGGUCCUAUUUUCAUCCUCGUUCCCAAUGGCAAAGAGCAGAGAAUCAAAGAAGAGAAGUCAUUAAAGAUUCUGAAGUGGAACUUCAUUACUCCUCGUGACGAGUACGUAGAGCAGCUCAAAACUCAAAUGUCAACAUGUCUGGCCAAGUGGCUACAAGACGAGCUCUUCCACUUCGACUUUCAGCAUCACGUAAAGGCUAUCGGAGCCAUGAUUGAGCACAUGGAGGCCGAGUCUGAGGCUGUGAUUGGCUGUCUGGACCUGGUGUUGAAGUGGUUUACUCUGCGCUUCUUUGACACCAACACUAGUGUGAUCAUGAAAACCCUGGAGUUCCUCAAGAUGCUCUUCACCAUGCUGAGCAGGAAAAACUACCAGCUCAAUGACUACGAGGCCUCGUCUUUCAUUCCUUACCUGAUCCUUAAGGUUGGAGAGUCUAAAGAUGUUGUGCGCAAAGAUGUCCGUGCUAUUUUGGCGAUGCUGUGUAAAGUCUACGCAGCGAGCAAAGUAUUCCCUUACCUUAUGGAUGGGACCAAAUCAAAGAACUCAAAGCAAAGAUCUGAAUGUCUCGAGGAGCUUGGCUGCCUGAUUGAGAACUUCGGUAUGAAUGUAUGCCAACCGACUCCGGCCAAGGCUCUGAAAGAAAUCGCUGUCCAUAUUGGAGACCGUGACACUACAGUCCGCAAUGCUGCCCUUAAUACUGUCGUAGCGGCCUAUAAUGCCUGUGGAGACCAAGUCUUCAAACUCAUCGGCAAUCUCUCCGAGAAAGAAAUGAGCAUGCUUGAAGAGAGAAUCAAACGUUCGGCCAAGAAGACUCCAGCACCCUCAACCAAACAGGAGCGGCCCCAGAGGGAGCAUCCCACAAAUCCCAAUGCAACCUUUCUACGCAAGCCUGCUCAAGAGGAAGUGCCCAACAAGCUUAAAAUAAUGUAUCGCACUUACAGGAUUCAAGCUCGGCAGCAGAACGCUCACUUGGAGCAGUCGGCUCCAUCCAUCCCGAAAGAGUUUCAGCUGGAUCUGGAUGUCUUCGAGAACAACCACACGUGUGCCAGCGACAUCCCUGACCUGGUGCAGCACAAACUGGAUGAAGUUCUGGAGCCGGUCAUGAUUCCUGAGCGCAAAAUUCAUUCGGUCUCUCCUCAUUUUGAUGACAUUCACAAUAGCACUGCCUCCACUAUCAACUUUGUCAUCUCCCAGGUGGCUAGUGGAGACAUUAACACCAGUAUCCAGGCUUUGGCACAGAUUGAUGAGGUUUUGAGGCAGGCAGACAAAGCAGAAGCCAUGUCUGGACACAUCGACCAGUUCCUCAUCGCCACCUUCAUGCAGCUGCGGCUUAUUUACAACACACACAUGGCUGACGAUCGGCUGGACAAGAAGGAAAUCUUCAAACUCUACAGUUGCAUCAUCGGAAACAUGCUAUCUCUGUUCUCGAUGGAGAGUCUGGCACGGGAGGCCUCGAUGGGCGUCCUGAAGGACCUGAUGCACGGUUUGAUCACACUAAUGUUGGACUCCAGAGUGGAGGACAUAGAGGACGGACAGCAGCUCAUUCGCUCUGUCAACCUGCUCAUGGUUCGAGUGCUAGAGAAAUCUGAUCAGACCAACAUUUUGAGUGCUUUGCUAGUGCUGCUGCAGGACAGUCUUAUCAGCACCGCCGGCUCACCCAUGUUCUCUGAACUUGUCAUGAAGUGUCUAUGGAGAAUGAUCCGUUUCCUACCCCAGACCAUCAACAGUAUUAAUCUGGAUCGUAUCCUGCUGGACGUGCACAAUUUCAUGAAGGUUUUCCCUAAAGAGAAGCUGAAGCAACUGAAGAGUGACGUUCCUCAUCGGACACUGAAGACACUGCUGCACACGCUCUGCAGACUCACAGGCGCCAAGAUAUUAGACCACCUGUCCAUGAUCGAGAACCGCAAUGAGUCAGAGUUGGAAGCGCAUCUGAGGCGAGUGGUCAAACAUUCGGCAAACCUCUCAGGCCUGAAGUCGGACAAGGGCACGGAGAAGGGAGCACUCCGAUCGGAUGACAAGAUGAUCAAGGCGAAAGUGAGUGACAUCCUGUCUGAGAUCUUCAAAAAGAUCGGCUCCAAGGAAAACACAAAAGAGGGUUUGACGGAGUUGUACGAGUACAAGCAGAAGUAUUCAGAUGCAGACCUGGAGCCCUUCCUAAGGAACACAUCUCAGUUCUUUCAGAGCUAUGUGGAGCGAGGCCUGCGCAUGAUCGAGUCUGAGCGUGAGGGAAAGGGCCGCAUCCAGACCUCUACAGUGAUCGCGCAGCACAGCACGGAGUCAUUUGUGCCGAGCUCCAGCUCUGUGCCCGUCAGCAGUAAUGGAGAAGAUCUAAACGCUGCCGCUUACUACGAGAGACUGAAGAUCUUACGACAGCGGCGCGGGCUGGAGAACUCAGCGCCUGAAGAUGAGCGUCCACCCCUCAGCUCCCUGAGACCGUCAGUCGCCUCCUCCACAGACAUGCUUCACAGCAAACUAUCCCAGCUGAAGGAGUCCCGCGAGCACUUCCAGCAGGAGCAGUCGCAUUCGCAUAGCCCCACGCGCUCCUCCUCACCCGCCUCCAACCUGGACGACCUCAAGAAGAGGCUGGAGAGGAUCAAGAGCAACCGCCAGUAGGUCCACUCCAUCCAAAAAAAAAAACACAUCCCACUGUUUCUUCAGGGUAAGCGCAUACAUAGGUUACGGUUAUGCGAAAUAGGAUGUGUGAAAUAAAAACUAAUAAAUAACUCAGUCCGUCUACAUUGUAUAAUACUAAGUCAGCAUUUCCUGUAUGUUAGUAUUGUGCACAGUUGUUUUUUGUACAUACGGUGGCUAACACCACGCUUUUACGUGUCAUUUAGGGUUUUCCGUGUACAGUUUUUCUUGUGCAGAAUGCUGUAAUAAGUGUAACUGAAGCUCGUUUGUUUUUUUUUAAUAGACAUUUUAGAGAAAUCUAAAUUAAUGUCACUCUCACUCAACUCUCAACUUCUCUCUGUUCAACAUGGUUCGCCAGAUUUGCUGUUUUCUUUCUGCCUUUACUCUCUAACUCUCUCAUAACUUUUUGUGAAGGAUCGAUUCCUUUCUUUUAAGGAGCAUGGCAUGAAGUACUGGAUCUUUCUUUUUCUGUAAAUAAAGUUUGCAUUAUUAAAGGCUGUUAA